UAAACACGUCUGACCGUUUGCUUGAACUUUAAUGUGUCAUCGUACAUGACAUUUAACCGAAACUCUUUUGAUAUCUUGGUUAUUUUACCGGGAUCAUGUGGACACCGACCGAGGACGAGAAAAUCGGAGUGGUGGUCUGUAGUUUCCGAGGAUCUUUGUCACAUGGUCUGACUCUAGAGCUUGGAGAAACAGUUCAGAUCCUGGAAAAGUGUGAGGGAUGGUACAGAGGGUUUUCCACCAAGAAACCCACAAUCAAGGGAAUCUUCCCAGCUGGCUACGUCCACUUGAAGAAGGCUGUCGUCACUAACAGGGGGCAAUAUGAGACAGUGGUCCCCCUGGAGGACCCCAUCAUUACAGAGGUCACCUCUACACUGCAGGAGUGGUCUGUCCUGUGGAAGCAGUUGUAUGUAAAGCAUAAAGUCGACCUCUUUUACAAGCUCCGCCACGUGAUGAACGAGUUGAUUGAUUUGAGGCGACAACUGCUUUCAGGCCACCUGACCCAGGAUCAAGUCCGUGAAGUCAAACGCCACAUCACUGUACGACUGGACUGGGGCAAUGAACACUUAGGCUUAGAUCUGGUACCCAGGAAGGAGUUUGAAAUGGUCGAUGCGGACCAGAUCAGCGUUUCAGAUCUCUACAAAAUGCACCUAUCCAGCAGGCACAGCGUCCAGCAAAGCACAUCCCAGGAUGGUGGAAGACAAAGACACGGGGAUUCGUGUCGAAUGCCUGUGCCGCACCAUCUCUUCGUCAACCUAAAGAGCUUCACGUACAACACCAUCGGCGAGGACACGGACAUCUUCUUCUCUCUGUAUGACUUGAGAGAGGGCAAGCAAAUCAGUGAAAAGUUUAUGGUGAGACUCAACAAAAAUGGUGGCCCAAAAAACCCAGAGAAGGUUGACCGCCUCUGCGCACUCUUUACGGACCUAAGCAACAAGGACAUGAAGAGAGAUCUGUACAUUGUGUCCCAAGUCAUCAGGACGGGCCGAAUGCUGUUAAACGACUCGAAGAAAGGACCCCCUCAUGUCCAGUACCGCCGACCAUAUGGAUGUGCAGUGCUAGCCAUGAGCGAUGUCCUCCAAACCAUCUCUGAACUCAAAGAGGAGAAAGACUUUGUGCUCAAAGUCUACACGUGUAAUAAUGAAAACGAGUGGUACCAGAUUCAUGAGAACAUUAUCCGCAAGUCCAGCACCAAAUACACCGCCCCCAGCACUAACUACGGUCUAAUCAUCUCACUGCAGCUGUUGAGAGGUGACAUGGAGCAGGUGCGCAGGGAAAACCCCAUGAUAUUCAACCGCGGCGUGGCCAUCACACGCAAAUUAGGUUUCCCCGAUGUGAUCAUGCCAGGUGACAUACGCAACGACCUCUACCUCACGCUGGAGAGAGGAGACUUUGAGAGAGGAGGAAAGAGUGUUCAGAAGAACAUUGAGGUCACCAUGUAUGUACUCUAUGCUGACGGCGAGAUCCUCAAAGAGUGCAUUAGUCUGGGCUCAGGAGAACACAGCAUCAGUGAGUACCGCUCUUUCGUUCUCUACCACAACAACAGUCCGCGCUGGAGUGAGGUCAUCAAACUGCCAAUCCCCAUUGACCGAUUCCGGGGGUCCCAUCUGCGCUUUGAGUUUAGACACUGUUCAACAAAGGACAAGGGAGAAAAGAAGCUUUUUGGCUUUGCGUUCACUCCUCUCAUGAGGGAAGACGGCACCACACUGUCAGAUGAGAGCCAUGAGCUUUACGUCUACAAGUGUGAUGAAAACACCACCUUCAGUAACCAUGCGCUAUACUUGGGGUUGCCCUGUUGUAAAGAUGACUUCAACGGCUGCCCAAACAUCCCGUCCAGCCUCAUAUUCCAGCGCAGCACUAAGGAGACCAUCUGGAUAUCCACUCAACUCUCUUCCACCAAACUAACACAGAAUGUCGAUUUGCUAGCUUUGUUGAAGUGGAAAGCACAUCCAGACCGUGUAAUGGACAUUUUGGGGCGAUUGCGCCACGUCUGCGGAGAAGAAAUAGUCAAAUUUCUUCAAGACAUCCUCGACACACUGUUCUCCAUUCUGGAUGACAACACAGACAAAUAUGGACCCCUGGUGUUUCAGUCACUGGUGUUCAUCAUAAAUCUGCUCCGGGACAGUAAGUUUUAUCACUUCCGGCCUGUGAUGGACACCUACAUCCAGAAACACUUUGCUGGAGCACUGGCUUACAAAGAGUUGAUUCGAUGUCUGAAGUGGUAUAUGGACCGGUCAGCAGAAGUUGUACGACAAGAUCACAUCCAGGAAGCCAUGAGGGCUCUAGAGUAUUUGUUUAAAUUCAUCGUCCAGUCACGGAUCCUCUACUCCCGGGCCACCUGUGGGAUGGAGGAGGACCAAUUUAGGGCCAGCAUCCAGGAGCUUUUCCAAUCCAUCCGUUUCGUCCUCAGUCUGGACAGCCGCAGCUCUGAGACGCUCAUUUUUACCCAGGCUGCCCUGCUCAACUCUUUCCCUGCCAUUUUUGACGAGCUCCUUCAGAUGUUCACAGUACAGGAAGUGGCAGAGUUUGUGAGAGGAACUCUGGGUAGCAUGCCUAGUACGGUCCACAUCGGUCAGUCCAUGGAUGUGGUCAAGCUUCAGUCCAUUGCUCGAACGGUGGAUAGCAGGCUUUUCUCCUUUCCAGAAUCAAGGAGAAUUCUCCUUCCUGUUGUUCUCCAUCACAUUCAUCUGCAUCUUCGGCAACAGAAGGAGCUUCUGAUCUGCUCAGGAAUCCUGAGCAGCAUUUUCUCCAUUAUUAAGAGCAGCUCAUUGGAGAGCUCUGUGCAGGAGGAGGUAGAGAUGAUGGUGGAGAGUUUGUUGGAUGUGUUGUUGCAGACGCUGUUGGCCAUCAUGAGUAAAUCUCAGUCUCAGGAGGCGGUAAGAGGGCAGCGCUGUCCACAGUGCACGGCUGAGAUCACUGGGGAGUAUGUUUCCUGCUUGUUGUCCCUCCUGCGUCAAAUGUCAGACAUUCACUUUCAACACCUACUAGACAACUUCCAGAGCAAAGAGGAGCUAAAGGAGUUCUUGCUGAAGAUUUUCUGUGUGUUCAGAAACCUGAUGAAGCUCAGUAUAUUCCCACGUGACUGGAACGUCAUGCGACUGCUCACCAGCAAUAUCAUUGUGAGCACAACUCAGUAUCUGUCGCCUGCUCUCCAUAAAAGCUUUACGGAUGCUGACUUUGAUUUUAAGGUGUGGAAUUCGUACUUCAGUCUAGUGGUGUUGUUCAUCAACCAGCCCAGUUUACAACUGGAGACUCUGACACCAGCCAAGCGGAAGAAAGUCUUUGACAAGUAUGGUGAUAUGAGGGUCAUGAUGGCUUAUGAGCUAUUUAGCAUGUGGCAGAAUUUGGGUGAGAAUAAGAUCCACUUCAUACCAGGAAUGAUUGGCCCAUUUUUGGGUGUGACGCUCGUACCUCAAAAUGAAGUCCGAAAUAUAAUGAUCCCCAUCUUCCACGAUAUGAUGGACUGGGAACAGAGAAAGAACGGCAACUUCAAACAGGUGGAGGCAGAACUGAUAGACAAACUGGACAGUCUGGUGUCUGAAGGCAAAGGAGACGAGAAUUACAGAGAACUCUUCAGUUUACUAACUCAGCUGUUUGGGCCGUACCCCAGUCUGCUGGAGAAGAUCGAGCAGGAGACCUGGAGGGAGACGGGCAUCUCCUUUGUCACGUCUGUCACGCGCCUCAUGGAAAGACUGCUGGACUACAGAGAUUGCAUGAAAGGUGAUGAGACAGAAAACAAGAAGAUUGGUUGCACCGUUAACCUGCUGAAUUUCUACAAGUCGGAGAUUAAUAAGGAGGAGAUGUACAUCCGAUACAUUCACAAGCUGUGCGACAUGCACCUGCAGGCCGAAAACUACACAGAGGCGGCGUUUACACUCCUGCUGUACUGGGAGCUGCUCCACUGGGAGGAAAGACCCCUCAGAGAGUUCCUGCACUAUCCUGCACAGAGCGAAUGGCAUCGUAAAGAGGGUCUCUGUCGUAAGGUCAUCCACUACUUCAACAAGGGAAAGUGUUGGGAGUAUGGCAUCCCGCUGUGCCGAGAACUAGCCUUCCAGUACGAGUCCCUGUACGAUUAUCAGAGUCUCAGCUGGAUACGGAAAAUGGAGGCGGCGUAUUAUGACAACAUCAUGGAGCAGCAGCGACUUGAGCCGGAGUUCUUCAGAGUGGGAUUUUAUGGUCGGAAAUUUCCCUUCUUCCUCAGGAAUAAGGAGUUUGUUUGUCGGGGGCAUGACUAUGAGAGGCUUGAAGCCUUUCAGCAAAGAAUGCUGGGAGAAUUUCCACAAGCAAUCUCCAUGCAGCACCCUAAUCAACCAGAUGAGGGGAUUUUACAGGGUGAUGCUCAGUACCUACAGAUCUACGCUGUGACUCCAGUUCCAGAAAACAUUGAUGUGCUACAGAUGGACCGCGUGCCUGACCGCAUCAAAAGUUUCUACAGAGUCAAUAAUGUCCGACGAUUCCGUUAUGACCGGCCCUUCCAUAAAGGGCCAAAAGACAGGGAGAAUGAAUUUAAGAGUCUCUGGAUUGAGCGGACCACACUCAUCCUCACCCACCCUCUGCCCGGGAUCUCCCGCUGGUUUGAAGUGGAUAAGCGUGAGCUGGUUGAAGUUAGUCCUCUGGAGAACGCCAUUUACGUGGUGGAGAAUAAGAACCAGGAGCUGCGCACCCUGAUCAGUCAGUACCAGCACAAGCAGCUUCAUGGAAACAUUAACCUGCUCAGCAUGUGCCUGAAUGGGGUGAUCGAUGCAGCUGUCAACGGGGGUAUCGCCAGAUACCAGGAAGCAUUCUUCGAUAAAGAGUAUAUUAGCAGUCACCCAGAGGAUACAGAGAAGAUCACCCAACUCAAGGAUCUGAUGCAAGAACAGGUUCAUAUCCUCGGUGUGGGUCUGGCCGUCCAUGAGAAACUGGUGCACCCGGAAAUGCGUCCCCUGCACAAGAAGCUAAUCGACCAGUUCCAGAUGAUGAGGAGCAGCCUCUGUCAUGGCCUGCCCGGUCUGGAUAAGUUGAGUCCGGCCUGCUCAGGGGCGAGCACCCCACGCGGCAUCCUCACCACCCACAGUCCCAUGAGUCCUGAAAGUAUUAAGCUCAUGCACAGACACAGCCCUCUGAAUGUGUUGGGGUCUGUCCGCCACUCCUCCUCUUCUCUCUCCUCUCACACCUCCAGCGAGACGGGAAACUUGCUCAUCCUGACGGACAGUAUGAUGGAGCACCCGGAGGACCUCUACCGUAUGCAGCCCAGUCCAUCAUCAUCCAGUUUGAGCUCAACGCAUUCAGCUCCAUCUCAGAUGAUCAACUCAGGGCACGGCAGCAUCAGAGUUGGGUCCCCAUCACUACCUGACAGAUACAGGCACAACCGAGAGAUGUUGAUGCUUCUACCACCACACAGGGACCGUCCCAGCAGUGCCAUGUACCCCAACAUAACCGAGAACGGACAGCCUACUAACCAUCAGAGGGCUCUAUACCAUCAGGUCAUUGGUCCCUGCAAACCCUGCAGUGACCCUAAUCUCUCUGUGGCUGAUAAAGUGUUGACAGCUCCCAGCAGCUGGAGUUUGGACAGUGGCACCAGGGACACUCUGCCGUUCCUCUCUGCUCAUGUCGGGAGUGUGAUGGCCCCACCUGUUCCCCCCCGCACCCUCCCUCCAGGACACUUCUCGAUGCACUUUGAUGCUUUCCACCACCAGAUCAGCGAACUCCCUCCAGCUCUCCCCGCGCGCUCCUUAAGAAAGUCACCCCUGCACCCUAUACCUGCCUCACCCACCAGUCCACAAUCGGGCCUGGAUGGCAGUAACUCCAUGUCCGGCAGCGCCAGCAGUGGCGUCUCCUCUUUGAGCGAGAGCAACUUCGCCCAAUCCUCCUCCGAGCCUCCGGCUCGAGCCGACACCUUGGACUCGAUGCCGAGCAGCCAGGCCUGGACCACGGACACAGAGGAAGCUGAGAGUCCCUACCUCCCCGUACGCUACAGCGUCUCCGAGCCUGAAGUUCUGGACCCUCUCAAGCCUGCUCCAUGCCGUAGUCACUCAGCCCCGUUGGGUGUAACCCCAGGGAUACCCACCGAUGGCCACCACCACCAUCACCUCCAUCUCCACCAUCACCACCCACAUGCAGUACACAUCGCCCACCCGCACUACCACCACCAUGAGCCUCCACCUGCUCUGCCUCCCAAACCCUACCUGAGGGAAGGGUGCAUCCCUGAAGAGGACUUGAGGCCGGUUCCAAGGCCCAUGCCCCGCAAGAUCUCCCAGCCUCUGCUCACUAACAAGGAGGAGCAGGCCAAGGUGGCAUGGGAACAUGGCAUUAGUGAAGAAUAGAUGAAGAACAAAUUGUACGUUGGCUUUGGUGUGAUAGGUGGUUGGGGUUUUUUGGAAAGUCCCAAGAAAUGACUGAUUCGAACCUUCUUCUCUACUUCCCAUGUAUCCAGUAUAGGUCUUUUACACCUUUUGAGAAGUGCUUGCCAUGUUGCUGUGCUUCUACAUGCUAGUGAGAUUUUUUGUUUUGCACUUAGUGGUUGUUGGUUGGGAGUUGCCCAGGAGACUUGAGUUCAAAUUACUUCUAGGUCCCAAGCUACUUCCCCUCAUUAGUAUCAGUAUGUUGAUUGGAUAAUACAUAUAUGGUAAGAAUCCCGAAAGUUGUAAUGGUAAGAAAAGAGACUUUCAGAUGAAACAGGAAGCACAAAAUGAGAUUCAGGUGGUUUUGAGGUGUACCAGAUCCAAGAGUUUUAUGUCCCCAGAGAUAGAUACACGUCUUGUCAAAGUCUAAAACUUGAAAACACUUAAUAAUCAUCAUUACAAUAGUUUCAAUUUGUAAUACAUACACCUUCAAAAAGAGUGUUGACAAACCUUACCAAUAGGCAUUGUUCAGUUUUGGUUGGGUUGCACUUUAGCACUUAACCUUUGCGCACCAAAAACUUUAUUAGUUUUGCCUUUUAUCAUUAUUAAAUACUGAAAUAAUUUAGAAAGUGCAAAAGUGGAUCUGUGAUUUAGAUAGUGGCUAAAAUUUAAAUUAAGUUGAAUUACAUCUCACUAGCCCACAUAAGGGUGGAUUUCAGAUGAUCUUUGAAGAAGUUUGAAGAUCUCCUCAUCGAUCAAGCAUGCCCAUUGUAAAAGCCUCAGACGCGGUUUUGUUAACACAGCGUUUGAUAAAACAUGCUAACACUUCAUUAGAGACUUUAAAACACUUCACAGACCGUCUGCUACCCCCUGCACGGUAGCGGGAAGCUUCUCCUCAGAGAGAAUCUGCACUGAUUUGACAGUAAGAGGCUUUUACAAUCUUCGUAAAGCCUCAUUACACCCACUAUAUUGUCGUGCUGCGAAAGCAAAUCAGCCACUCUAAACGUUACUACCCCGUUACGCUAAUAACACAACAGCCGAAGCGCUGUUAAAUCAAAGCCAUUUCACAGAUGUCUCUUCACAGUAAAGCAGCUUUUGGUCUCAGCAGGUUCCUUUGGGAAUUGAUUUCUGUUCCUCUGAGUUGACAGUUUUCAUAAAGAAGUAUAUUUUUAGAGAGAGCCAUUAUAAUAUUUCAAGACUUUAAUAUAAUUGUAUUGUAAAAAAAAUACAGAGUUAGAAUAAACGCAGCUUAGAUUAUAUCAUACUUUAUAUGGCUAUGAAAGAUUAUAUCACAUUUUUAAAGGAGGAAAGGAGGCAAGAUUCACAAGUGUGUUUUUUGUUGUGAGUUGAGUAACUUUUCUAAAGUCUUUCAACUGCUGAUAGAUGCAAAUUUGGUACCUGAUGGUGUUUGCAUAUUAACUUCUGACGACUUGAAAGUAUAUGUUAUUUAAAAAGCUAUUUUUUAUGUACAAUGUGCAUGUUCUCUUCAAUGGUGAUGAUAAUAUUACCCUACAUCACUUGAAGGGAGGGUCUGUUAGAGAUAUCGCUUAUACUGUAUAUGUACACAUCCUCAUCCACAUCAUCAUAAUUAUUUCUGAUUUGAGCAACUCUGCAUAUUACGAUACAUUUAUGUGGCUGAGAAACCUAAAUUUGCUGGCCAAUUUUAAUUUUAUUUUCCAAAGGAAAGCAAGAACACCCAGUCCAAAAAAGUGACAAGCUGUGAAAGUUAUAUUUCCCAUGUUAAUUUUAGUUUGUCAGGCGAUUUGUGUCACGAUGGGUUGCUCCGCCCACAGUUAAAUCUCACUGGUCCAAAAUCUUGCUUCACACAACUCUGUUAAAGGGGUCAUGAACUGCCUUUUUUGUUAUUAUUUUACAAUGUUUCCUGAGGUGCACUACAGUAUAAUGUUAGUAUGAUUUUUACAUCAAAAAUUGUCAUAAUUUAGAAAUAAAAGGCCAUUUUUGACCCUGAUUUGAACACUCUGUUGGAAGGGGGCGUGUCUGCUGUGAGACUUAACUGUAAACGACCACUUCUAUGAUUGGCUAACAUCUUUGCAUAUGAAAUAAGUAUUACAUGUGGAACUCUCUCGAAAACUCUUACUACAUUUUAACUAUUACAGCUGUCGAUAUUAACUAAUGGUGAAAAGUGUUGAUCUACUAGAUCUACUCCCAUGGCAUUAAAGGUUGCAGUGAUGAGCAUGUAGCCAAUGACAGAGUGCAUGAAUGCUGGGAUCUCGUCAUUGCAACUAGAUUUCUGCACUCUCACAAAUGCUUUCAUCAUAACUAACAGAGCAAAUACGAUGUAAAUAAGAAAUUCGUUGUGCAGUGCAAACAGCAUCAUUGAUAAUAACACUUGUUUUGAUGAGAGCCCAGAACUCAAAUGCGCGCUGUGUGAUUGACAGCUCUAGCGGUUAUAAAGGGAGUGUUCUUUGAUCGUUUUCUGUAUAUAAUUUAAUUAAUUUCAAUAUCAGAUUAUUUUCAUAAACAGCAUUAAACUAGUUUGAGACAAAGAACGUCUGACUGUACAUGAAUCAUUACAUAUCAGAAAUCACUGAUCACAGAUCAGGCAUUAGAAUUAACACAGUUACUUACAGGUAGUUGCAUUACUGUCCGGUCCAUAUCUUACAAGUAAAAGUCUGUUUGCAAAGCCUGCACCAAAAUUGCAACUGGUUUACCAAAGAAUCCAAAGAAAUGUACCGAACAAACAAACAAUGCACUACUGAGACAUUCACAUAGUUGAAAAUAAAGAAUCACUUUCCAAGCAUUAAUAUCUUUUGGAAGGUAACAUUAUUCCAGAGAUCCUGCAUCUCACAUCUCAUCUCACAAAUGCCAGUGGGCGGGGCAAAAGCUGUGAUGAUGUAGAAGUAGGCGUUGAUUUUACAUCAUAAUGUGACAAAAUCCAAUGUAAUUUUUAGAGCUUGGUUUCAAUAAAAGCUGUUUUUGGACUAACGAGGAAAUUUUGAGUUCUGAAACUUACAGGAAACUCUCAAUUCAUGACCCCUUUAAACUUCACAUAUAUUCUGAUUGGCUGUGAUUACAUUGUGUCAUAUGGUAUUUUCACAUUCAUUGUGGACAGACAAAUUACUUGUCACAGAAAUGUUCACUUGAUUUGACAUAUCUUUUAUUUUAUUAAUAUUUUAAAUCCACUGUAUUUUUAUUUAUUUAUGUUUUUAUUUUAUUUUUUUAUUAGGGAUAUUCUCCCAUUCAUUUUGCAACCUAUAAUAUAAAUAAUCUCUCUCUCUCUUUUUUUUUUUUUUUUUUUUUUUGUUGUACUGCACUGUUAGGCCCCAAACAAAUUGGUGAUGUGGUUUACUUUGGUUUUGUGUCACUUAAUUAAGAGGAUAUAUUAUGGGUUUUAAAAGUACUAUUAUUUAUUAUUAUUUAUUUCUGGCAUGCAAACACAAACAUAUAUACUUAAGCUUGCUCAUAAUAUGAAAUGUACCUAAGCCCCAGAAUAUCAAAGACAAAAGGCAAGUUUUUAGGUAAACUUAAGGCAUUUAUGUGUGCUUUUGCGAAAUGAAAAUGGCAGGAUAUGUACAGAGAGAAAUGCAUGUAUCUUAAUAGCUGAUAUGACUGAUGGUUCAUCACUAAUGGUCUUUUUAUGGCCAGAGAAAGCAAAUACACAUGAUAGAGGGCCUUCUAUAAAUGUUCAUUACAUUAAAAAUACCCCCAUCUGUUUUCCUUUAGUCAGAAAAGACUGCCAUUGUCUAUUUACUUGUAAGCACUUCCUCAUAAAGUAAAACUUGGGUAAGUGCUGAUGGUAUGCAGUUGUAUAUUAUUCAAUAUUAUUUUCUGUACUAAAUUAUAAAGACAUAUAAUGAUGAAGUAAGUGUGUUAUGUCUCCAAAGACAUAGAAAUGGGUUGACUGAUGAGUUAUUAAUAAUUGUUUAUAUUAACCUUAAUCAUUUUAGGGUUAUUUCAGACAAUAUAAAUCAUUUUUAUACACAUAAAUAUUGAGUGAUCAGGGAAGGAACUGGAAUCUAUGCAAAGAUUGAGUGUUAUAAGACAGAGUGUCGAAGAAUAUCCGUCACAGCCCAUUCUGUGAAUAUUAGCACUGAUCAACUAAAAAGCAUUAAUAUUUGUUGUUUUGAGCAUUUCUUAUUAUGCUUUCUUGACAUUUUGCAUGUAAAUAUGGUCUGACGGAUACUGUGUGUCUUGUAUUCGCUCACCAUCGUAAUUUUGCUUGCAUAUCCAAGCAAAAAGAUAAAAAUAAAAAAGUAUUCUAAUCACAAUUCAUUAAAACCUCAUGCUUUAAAUGAAGGUUACUCAUUUGGCACAAGCAACCAUGUAAAAAAACAAGUGUACAUAUUUUACAUGUUUGAUAUCUCCAUGGAGGCAAGCCGACAGUUUUGGAUUCAAAGUUUCGGAUUGAGGGUGACAUUUUAUUUUUUACAUGAUGAGGUUGCCCUGAUCAGCAUCUAUAAUUCAAUUCCAGAUCAAUGCUGUUGUUAUGUGUGAAUUGCUGAUGAAAUAUUGGGUUUAUUUUCCUGAAAGGAUUGAUGAAUGAGGUAAAUAUUGUCAUAUAUUGGAAACAACAGUUUCUGGUAAUGUGAGAGGAUGAAAUGGGUGUGCAAUGCAAAGGGAAAAAGUUUUUUUUUUUUUUUUUUUGUCUCUGUACAUAUGAAAAACUGAGUAAAGAGGGGUACUAAACGCUCUGGCCUGCAUUACAGUUCGUACCACACCAUGUCUGGCUUUCUUUUGUGUAUAUAAUCCUUCAAAAGCUUUGUAUUUAUAUGGUCAAGAGGGACAAAUCAUGUAUAGACUGAGAUUAAUUGUCUGCCUUGUACUUUCUGAUGUAAAUGUGUUUUUAAAACUAAAUUGCAAACAAGUGAAAAAGAAAAAAAAAAUCUUUCAAUGGCCUAAUCACUACAGUUAUUUUGUGUAUUUUGCAUUGAAAUCUGAAGAGCGUUUUGUUUUACCAUGCAGAAAUACGAAAACCUUUGUACAAGUAUUCUCAAAGUAUUUUUUUCUGUAUAUAUUGUGCUAGCAUGAAUAAAUGUGGUGUGGAUUUUAGAUGUAAAUACACAUUUUUUUUUCCUACUCACUUAACCGCUGUGACGUGUAAUUCAUUAAUAAUGCCUAAUAUUAAAGAUAAUGUUUUAUCGACUGA